AUGUCGACCACUUGGCUCAUCACUGGUGCUAACCGCGGUAUUGGCUUCACUCUCGUCAAGCAGCUCUCAGCGGACCCUUCGAACCUCAUCAUCGCGGCAUGCCGCUCGCCCGAGAAGGCGGACGCCUUGAAGGCGCUGGGUGGCUCGGUGCAUCUCGUGCAGCUGGAGGUCGGAGACGAAGACUCGAUCGCCAAGUCUGUCGAGCCUGUGCGCGCGAUCCUCGGUGACAAGGGCCUAGAUUACUUGAUCAACAACGCAGGCAUUGCCCCCCAUGAGGACACGACUUCGUUCAAGAUCAACACGGCAACCUCGUUGCAGAUCUUCAAGGUCAACACGCUCGGCCCAGCACUCGUUGCAGAUGCCUACAUCCCGUUCUUGGAGGUCCCUGGACGUCGCGGUGUCAUCAUGAACAUCUCCAGCUCGCUCGGCGCGAUGGACUACGGCGGGAAGAACACUCUCGCGCCUACGUACUGUAUGAGCAAGGCCGCUCUCAACAUGCUGUCCGCGAAGCAGGCUCUCGAGAAGCCGAACCUCAUCGCAUUCGCGGUAUGUCCUGGGUGGGUUAUCACCGAUAUGGGUGGCUCUGGUGCCCAACUUCAGCCUGAUGACAGUGCCUCUGCUCUCCUGAAGCUGGCCAAGAGCGUCACAAAGGAGCACUCCGGCAAGUUCGUCCAGAGGAACGAGGCGAACACGGGCUACGACAUCUAA